AUGACUUUUAUUUUCCCUGGUGGGAUACACGUCAUGCACAACACGCUCGACAGAGAGAAACAAGAAACAUACACAUUGAUUAUUAAAGGGACCGAUCUGCAUGGAAAUCUGAACGGAAAAACAGGAACAGGAACUGCUGUCAUCAAGAUUCAUGACGUCAAUGACAACAUUCCUACUUUGGAGAAAAAUUUUUAUGAGUGCCGUGUGGAAGAAAACACUAGAAAUGUGGAAGUGGUGAGGAUUCAAGCGAUCGACGCGGAUCUGAUCUACACUGAAAACUGGCUGGCCGUCUUCACAAUCGUGUCGGGAAACGAAGCUGGUUAUUUCUCCAUAAUCACAGAUAACAAGACCAACGAAGGCAUCCUGAUUCUCCAUAAGGAGCUGGACUACGAAGAGCUGAAGGAAAUCAAGCUGCAGGUGUCUGUUGCUAACAAGGCACAGUAUCACUCUUCAGUAGUCAUAACAGAGAGCAAGACAUACAGCAUCCAUGUCAGUGUGGUCAACCAGCCUGAGGGCCCUCGCUUCAAACCCGCUGUCAAAGUCAUCACCAUCUCUGAAGAAAGCACCAGCACUAUUUUACAUAAAGUCAUUACCAAUUACGCAGCAAUAGACAGCGAUACGCUACUAAUUGCUAAUAACGUGAGGUAUGCAAAAGGACGAGAUGUUGACAACUGGUUGAUUAUAGAUGAGAGGACGGCUGAUAUAAGACUAAAUAAAAUACCAGAUUAUGAGUCCAAGUUUCUGACCAAUGGCACAUAUUGCGCUCAGAUAAUAUGCAUCACUAAUGAUACCCCGGCUAAAACUGCAACAGGAACCAUUGCCAUUCAAGUAAAAGACUUUAAUGACCACUGUCCUGUGCUGAGCCAUCAGUCUCAAACGCUGUGCUAUGAGGAUCAAGUGGUUUAUGUCACGGCUGUGGACAAAGAUCAGUUCCCCAAUGGAGCACCCUUUAGUUUCAAAGUGGACACCAUAAGCACAAAGGAGUCAUGGAGCAUCGAGCCUCUCAAUGGCACUACAGCGAUAUUCAGGUCUCAAAAAACACUGUGGCCUGGCAUGUACCAUGUGUUUGUGGACGUGUGGGACCAGCAGGGGAAGAUCUGUGCUAGUCAGGAGCUUCAGAUAGACAUCUGCACGUGUGACGCAGCUAAAGUUUGCAUGCCCCAAAAGACCGUCUCCACGUUUGGAGCAUCUGGUGUUCUUCUAAUGCUGCUGGGACUGCUGCUGCUUCUGUUGGUGCUGCUUCUGCUGCUCUUCUGUCUUUGUGGAGGUGCAGGAGUUGCGGGAGAUUUCAAGACCAUGCCGUUUGAUGCUAGAGAGCAUCUUAUCGCAUAUAACACUGAAGGACAGGGGGAGGACAAGGACAUGGCUAUCUUAAAGAUUUCAAAGGAGCUGGAGGACAACAAGCGCGGUAAUGUGGGCGCUGUAGGAGGAGCUAAGAUAUGGGGUGGAGUAAAGGAUGGUGGAUGUGGAGCAGAAGGCUCACACUGGACCUCGUUCUAUGACCAGCAUGACAGUGCAUAUCUUCACCAGAAUGACGGGUGGUAUGUGUCUGGACAAAGAAAAGGAGAACACAGCAGAUUUGAAGACAACAUGUUUGACGGGCUUGCACUGUCUGAUGCUUUCUUAGGCAACUACUAUUCUCAAAAAGCAAGUCAUGUGGCUAAGAAGCAAGACAUAGGAGAAAGUCUAAAGAGAGCGGUUUGA